AUGGGUAAGACAGUUCAGGUUUCUGGAUUCCCUUCUAAUGUGACUGCAAGAGCAGUGCACGAGUUUUUGGAAUCAUAUACUGGUAAAGCAACUAUUGAUGCCCUUAAGAUCAGGGAAACGAAAGGGAGAUUUCCAAGAAAAUAUGCUAUUGUUCAAUUCACAACCACAAGAGCUGCUGAUGGGAUUAUUUCCUUGACUAUUCAAAGCCUAUGCUAUGAUACUUCGGAUCUUGAUGCUCGAUGCAUGGUUCGUGAUAUCAUACCAAAGCCCAGAACCUUUUCGCACACUAUGGAAAGUGUAACACUUCAUUUUGGCUGUCAGACUUCUAAAGAAAAGUUUUCUGUUCUCUGGAGAGGGACAGAUGUUUCUGUGAAUUUUGGAUUGAACAUGAGAAAGUUACAUUUUUCCGUGAUGCAUCGUGAAGUGGAAUACAAGCUUGACCUUCUCUAUGAGAACAUUUGGCAAAUUGAACUACAUCGUCCACGUGGUCAAAAUGUGAAAUACCUUCUAAUUCAGUUAUAUGGUGCCCCUCGGAUUUUUGAGAGAGAUGUACCCUCUUCAUCAAAUGUAUUCGAGGAUCCAAUGUUCAACUAUUUUAAGGAUAUUCCUGAUGACCAAUGGGUCAGGGCAAUUGAUUUCACUCCAUCCUUCUGUAUUGGGCAUUCUUCUUCAUUAUGUUUGGAACUUCCUAAUCGUCUUCGACUUCCAAAUUUCCAUGAAAACUUCGGUGACUACAGGGAAACUGAAGGAAAAUUUGUUUUGGAGAGUGGUUCGACUUUUUCUCGUAAUCCGGAUCUAGUUCCCAUUGUUGGCCCUUCCUCAGGUGUUGAUUUGCCGUAUAACAUCUUAUUUAGGGUCAAUUUGUUGGUUCAGUAUGGGUGCCUUGCAGGGUCGACACUUGAUGAUGGUUUUUACAGGUUGGUUGAUCCUAAUAGAAUGCCCCUCCAUUGCAUAGAGCAUGCUCUUGAGAAGCUAUAUCACCUGAAAGAAUGUUGUUAUGAACCUUCUAAGUGGCUCAAUGAGCAAUACAGAAAAUAUCUUACCUCUGGGAAACCUCCAAGAUCACCUGCUUUAUCCUUAGAUGCUGGUUUGGUAUAUGUGCGCAGGGUUCAAAUAACUCCUUGUAAAGUGUAUUUUUGUGGUCCAGAGGUUAAUGUCUCCAAUCGUGUACUGCGUAGAUAUCCAGAAGACAUCGAGAACUUUCUUCGUGUUUCUUUUGUUGACGAGGAGUUGGAGAAAAUUCACUCAACUGAUGUAUCUCCACGAACAUCUUCUAGAAAUGAGCAUAGGAGAACUGCAAUAUACAACAGGAUUCUUUCCACUCUGCAAAAUGGGAUAAUUAUUGGUGAUAAGAAGUUUGAGUUCCUUGCCUUUUCAUCCAGUCAGUUGCGGGAAAAUUCUUGCUGGAUGUUUGCUUCAAGGUAUGGGCUCACUGCUGCUGAUAUAAGGGAAUGGAUGGGCAAUUUUCGUCAGAUUAGAAAUGUGGCUAAGUAUGCCGCCAGACUGGGUCAAUCCUUUGGUUCAUCCACUGAAACUCUUAGUGUUAGCAGGAAUGAAAUUGAAAGUAUUCAAGAUAUAGAGGUUGCAAGGGGAGGAACCAAUUAUUUGUUUUCUGAUGGUAUUGGGAAAAUAUCUGCCGAAUUUGCGAGGAAAGUGGCCAUAAAAUGUGGCUGCAAAGGCUUCACUCCGUCUGCAUUUCAGAUUCGAUAUGCUGGUUUCAAAGGUGUAGUGGCAGUUGAUCCAACUUCAUCAAAAAAAUUAUCAUUGAGGAAGAGUAUGUGCAAAUAUGAAUCUGAAAACACAAAACUGGAUGUUUUGGCACAUAGCAAAUAUCAGCCUUGUUUUCUCAAUCGCCAGCUCAUCACUCUUCUUUCUACUCUUGGAGUUCCGGAUCAUAGUUUUGAGAAAAAGCAGAGAGAAGCUGUAGAUCAACUUGAUGCUAUCUUGACAGAUCCAUUAAGGGCACAGGAGGCCCUGGAGUUGAUGUCUCCAGGAGAAAAUACCAACAUUCUAAAGGAAAUGCUUUUGUGUGGUUAUCAGCCUGAUGCUGAACCAUUCCUUUCGAUGAUGCUCCAAACAUUCCGGGCAUCAAAGUUGCUGGAAUUACGGACUAAAACAAGGAUUUUUCUUCCAAAUGGAAGAUCAAUGAUGGGAUGCCUAGAUGAAACUAGAACCUUGGAAUAUGGGCAGGUAUUUGUGCAAUUUUCUGGCUCUAGAUGUCGGCAGUUGUAUGAUAGUUCUGGCAUGUUCAGUGACAGGGGACCAAAACAGUGUUAUCUGAUCGAGGGAAAUGUUGUGGUGGCUAAAAACCCUUGCUUACAUCCAGGUGAUGUGCGUGUUUUAAGUGCAGUGGAUGUGCCAGCUUUGUACCAUAUGGUAGAUUGUGUUGUUUUUCCGCAGAAAGGGCCAAGACCUCACCCAAAUGAAUGCUCUGGAAGUGAUUUGGAUGGAGAUAUCUAUUUUGUCUGUUGGGAUCGGGAGUUGAUUCCGCCUCAGCAAAUCCCACCUAUGGACUAUACACCAGAGCCCACUGUGCAGUUGGAUCAUGAUGUUACUAUCCAGGAAGUUGAGGAGUAUUUCACAAACUACAUAGUUAAUGACAGCUUGGGAAUAAUUGCAAAUGCUCACACUGCCUUUGCUGAUAAGGAAUUCCUCAAAGCAAUGAGUGACCCAUGUAUAGAGCUUGCACGUAAAUUUUCGAUUGCGGUUGACUUUCCAAAGACUGGAGUACCAGCUGAAAUACCUCCUCAUCUACGUGUAAAAGAAUAUCCUGACUUCAUGGAAAAGCCUGACAAACCCACCUAUGAGUCAUACAAUGUGAUUGGAAAGCUUUUCCGAGAAGUGAAAGACAUUGCACCACAUACAAGUUCUAUUACGUCAUUUACUUUGGAGGUCGCCAGGCGGUGUUAUGACCCUGAUAUGGAAGUUGAUGGCUUUGAGGAUUACAUAGAUGAUGCUUUUUAUUACAAAAGCAAUUAUGAUUACAAGCUGGGCAAUCUAAUGGACUAUUAUGGCAUCAGAACUGAGGCAGAACUUCUUAGUGGUAGUAUUAUGAAAAUGUCAAAAUCUUUCACCAGGAGAAGGGAUGCAGAGGCAAUUGGAAUGGCAGUAAGAUCCUUGAGAAAAGAGGCCCGGUCCUGGUUCAAUGAAAAGGGAAGCAGCCUAGAUUCUCAAGCUGAUGAUGUAUAUGCAAAAGCCUCAGCCUGGUACCAUGUCACUUAUCAUUAUAGUUAUUUCGGUUGCUACAAUGAGGGAAUGAAUCGAGACCAUUAUCUUAGUUUUCCAUGGUGUGUUUAUGAUAAGCUGAUCCAGAUCAAGAAGGACAAAGCAAGCAUUAGAAGGUCCUUAUUGUCAUCUCUGGAACACCAAUUCAGUUGCGGACUACAUUUGAGUUAA